CUAUUGGUUGAAAAACUAGGUUAGUGGUCCGACAGGCAUGACGGUGAGGAGAAACUGGGUCACCGAUCGAAAAUCGUUUAUGUCACAGUUCUGUGGGUUGCUAUUACACAUUACCAGCGACUUUCAAUGGAUAGACCAAUCUCAUUGGAUCUGCUGGAUAGACGGGUUGCACCAGCUGUUUAAGGGUCAUAUCAUAUUUGGGCACACUGACCACAUCAAACCGGAUAACACUAGGUCAGGCUGAAUCAAAGCAGACUGAUAUCAGAACGGAACAGACCAGACUCAUCCAGACGAUACCCGGCCCGUCCAGGAGGCCUGUUACAGUUUCCUAUCUAGGUAACUGAAGCAGUUCUGUUCUCCAUGUGCAGACUAUUCCCACUCAUAUUUCAGAGAGUCGAGGGCCCAAGAGUGGAUGGAAGGAGAUGAUUUUAACACAGAGGCUGUGAUGAACAUCUGUGAUGACCUGAUGGCAGACCAAAGGAUGGACAUCUCGUCUACAAUGACUGACUUCAUGUCUCCUGGGUCCACUGACCUCAUCUCCAGCUCCAUUAGCACGCCUGGCAUGGACUACACCCGCAAGAGGAAGGGCAGCACUACAGAUUACCAAAUUGAUGGCUUCUCAUUUGAUGACAUGGACCCAGACAAAGAUAAACUGGGAAGUGAUCAACAGGGUCGGAUUAAGAAUGCCAGAGAGGCUCACAGCCAGAUCGAGAAGCGUCGCAGGGACAAGAUGAACAGCUUCAUCGACGAGCUGGCAUCACUGGUGCCCACCUGUAACGCCAUGUCCCGCAAACUAGACAAGCUGACGGUCCUGCGCAUGGCUGUCCAGCACAUGAAAACACUCAGAGGUGCAGCCAACCCGUACACAGAGGCCAACUACAAGCCUUCCUUCCUCUCGGAUGAUGAGCUGAAGCACUUGAUAUUACGCGCUGCUGAUGGUUUCCUGUUUGUGGUUGGGUGUGACCGUGGCAAGAUCCUCUUUGUUUCCGAAUCAGUCUACAAGAUUCUCAACUACAGCCAGAACGAUCUGAUCGGUCAGAGUCUGUUUGACUACCUUCACCCCAAGGACAUCGCCAAGGUCAAAGAGCAGCUGUCCUCUUCUGAUACGGCCCCACGAGAGCGACUCAUUGAUGCUAAAACUGGUCUUCCAGUGAAGACAGACAUCACCCCCGGACCGUCUAGACUUUGUUCUGGAGCCAGACGGUCGUUUUUCUGCAGGAUGAAGUGCAACAGGCCCUCAGUCAAAGUAGAGGAUAAAGACUUUCCCUCCACAUGCUCUAAGAAAAAAGCGGAUCGUAAAAGCUUCUGCACCAUCCACAGCACAGGCUACCUGAAGAGCUGGCCACCCACCAAGAUGGGUCUCGAUGAGGACAACGAGCCCGACAACGAGGGCUGUAACCUGAGCUGCCUGGUAGCCAUCGGACGCCUGCACCCCCAUAUCGUCCCCCAACCUAGCCUGGCAGACAUCAGGGUGAAGCCCACAGAGUACGUCUCCCGACACGCCAUCGACGGCAAAUUUGUCUUUGUUGACCAGAGGUGAGAAAUCCAAAAGAGU